CCAGUUGAGAUUCUAUUCCUUUAACAUAUAAUUUCCGUGAAGUUUUAGUUUCUACUUAUAUUUAUAAAUACCUCUGCCUAUUUAAGGAUAUAAUGACGGCUGAAAUCAAUUUCGUUAGUGAAAUUAACAGCAAAUCAAUGAAUUGGAAGUUAAAGGUUCGUACUGUUAGGCUUUGAAAAAAUUCGGAUCGAAAAAUGGAAGCCUAAGCCUUCACAUCCGAAACUGAAAAAUCAUCAGUUGGAGAAUCGUUUUUACAGGGUAGGCAUGGUGAAGGCAGAAUGGAAAUAGAAAACUACUAAAUGACUUAGUCUUGCCUUCUUCUUCCUUUACGGAGAUCGCCAAAGGCCUGACAACCCUUUUUCAAUUGAGUGGAUGAAAAUGUAUUGUUUAAAAUUUUAUAAUUACUUUCUAUUUAUCCUUGUUUACAAAUGUGUAAGUAUAUUACCUCCAUAUACGGAAUGACUUAGUCAUUUUAACUAAUUGAGUUUUUUGUAGGGCGACCGCAUUCAAAGUAUUGGCAGGUCUUUUAUCCAAAGGUUCAAACAAGAAAUUAAGGAAAUGAGUUUGUACAUCAUGAAGAAUUGCGUGGUUUGUCCAAAUAAUAUGAAGCUGAAGAUCAAAGACCACAAGUUUAAGUUGAUGUUCACGCAUAAGAUCACUGUUGACGAAAUACAUGAUCCACAUUUCAACAUGUGUAUUUUCAAAUUUAGAACCUAUGAGCAGCUUUCAAAUCCGCAAGAAUUUGACAAUACUGAGCUAUUUGAUAUCAUUGACGAAGUUGUGAGUUAUGAGGACUUACGGUUUAUCAAGCAAGAUAAUAACAUCCGUAUGUACAUGAACAUUGAGAUACAAGAUUAUGAGAGCAACAACAUUUCUGCAACUCUUUGGGGAGACUUUGUGGAACAGAUCAUGCCAUAUUUGAAUGAAUCCAAUGAUAAGCCUGUUGUCGUCGUCAUGCAAUUGAUUAAAGUACACCGAUAUCGAGAACAAUAUUCAGUGAGGAACACUUGGCACCCGUCGAAACUUUGGAUCAAUUCAAAUCUUCCUCAAGUUAUUGACUUUUGCUCCAGGUCUCUAUAAGUUGGGCUAAAUUUAAGGCUAUUUCAUCCUAAAUUUUAGUCUUAAUAUUUAUUAAUGUAUCUCAAGUUAAAAAAUGAAACUGAAUAAUUUCUUUGUGUAGAGAAAGCUCACAAAGAAUUACUCAAAUUUCAUCUCACAAAACUCAUUUUGUUGCUAAUGAACUAGCAUUUGGAAGUAUUAAAGUUAAAAAUAUUGAGGAUUUGGGUGACUUUAAGCAUGUGAGUACCUACGUUUUAAUUUAGUUCACUUUUUAAUUACCACAACGUUUAUCUUAUCUUUCUCUACAUAACAAUUGUAUAUACAAUUUUUAUGCGCUGCCAGAAAAUUUCUGGGAUGUAGCAACUAUUAUAUGCAUUGGAUUAGACCGUGGAUGGUGUUAUUUAGCAUGCAAAAAUUACACAAAGAAAUUAGACAAAGAGGGGAAUAUAUUUUAUUGUAAAAAAUGCGAGCAGAUUCAAUCUGCCACUCAUAGGUAUGACCGUAAUUUAUAGUUUUUUUACUAUUAUAUAAUAUGAUUUUAAAAAUACAAAGUCUUUCCAGGUACAUGCUACAAGUUAAAGUGAUGGAUUGCACCAGUAUAAUUUCUUUGUUGUUGUGAGAUCGGAAAGCAACUAAGAUUACCGAAAAGUCGGCAAAUGA